CACAGGGGAGCAAGCAGCUGAGAGCCCCUGAGCUGAGCACAGGAAUUGUCCAGCUGCCACAUGCAGAUGCCAGGCCUCCUGGGAACUUCGGCCGUGGUGGGAUUGUUUGCAAGUGCAGUUGUAGCUGUUCUGUUGCUGCUACUGUUGCUGGCUACCUGCCUUUUCCCUGGACAGCAGGACUUGGACAUAGAGAGGAGUCCUGCUUCAAAUGUCAGGAGAAAUCGAGUCCGAAGGCCUUUCCUCUCCCGGAUUCACGUGGGACGUUCUCACCAUCUUCAUCAUCCUGGCCAUGUAUCUCCUGUGCGCCAUGCAGGUCUCAGCCACCACCAUGUUGCCCACCACCACCACCACCACGGUCAUCACCAUGGUCAUCACCAUGGUCACCGAGGCCAUCACUGACAGAAACCCCUGGCAGCCCUAGGAUCACAGGAGGAGCAGACCCAGAAGUCCUCAUGCAGCAAGGC